AGUUCACUCUCAGUACAGCUGCCCCACUCUGGAUGUGUGAACAACAGAGGGAGUAAAAAGUUAGUGAUAGAGGGAUAAAAGAACAACAGAUGAAGAGAUGAAGCUGUGGAUUGUGUGUGUGUUGUGCUUUGCUCCAGCUUUAGUGGGCAGUAAGUGUGUAACAGACACGAGGAACGAUGGCUAUCUGGUCAGGAUCAGCAUUAUAACAGCUCUGGGACGUGAAGCCUACGACUGGGACGAGAGUGAGAUGUUCUUCUUUAGAGCAUCGGUGGCCUUCGCCAUGAGGAGUUACAGCAACAACCAGACCUACGACGUCUCAAACAUCUUAGUGUGUAAUGAAACACAACGAGUGUCGUUUUGGUUCGUGGUGACGUCACCGAAUGACAGCUCUCAGCUCAUUCCCAAACACACGGUGGAGAACGCCAUCAAGAAAUCGAGGCAUCGGAUCAAUAACGCUUUCCUGCUGACGGAUCAGACGCUGGAGUUUGUGGGAAUAAACCCGACUCUGGCGGCUCCAGUGCAGUAUGAAACACAGCCGUGGCUCAUCGCCUUCGGGGUGGUGAUGGGACUCGUGUGUGCUGGAAUCAUCGCCAUGCUCCUGACCUCCCUCAUCCAGAGGAAACGGGCGAAGAGCAAACACUCGGAGGAGGAAGAGGAAGUCGGAGGGUCGGUGACAGGAAAUGGAAUAAUGUGUGAAGUUCUGAAGGAGAAAGACGGCUUUAUUGAGCGAGGAGCUGCUGCUGAUGAUCGCUUCACCAAACUCUAAUCGGUGUCGUCACACAUCAGCUCCAAUUAAUGAUGCUAACAGCAGUCAGGCUUAACUAGACUUUAUUUCACACUCAGCUCCAGAAUUAUUGGCACCCUCAGUAAAAAUGGGUAGAAAGGAAACUUCGAGCAUCAGUCGACUCUGACACGGUUUCCUGUAAAACCUUCACACACCGACAUCACUUCCUGUACACUGAACCUCUUCAUAACAAACUCAGCACUGCAGCCAAAGACACUUUUAUUUCCCAAAUCUAAUUUUCAUCAGAUAUUUAUUAUUGUGUUAGAGAUGUGUUUGUUAAUUUACUACUGAACUGAUUUUUGACAGGUGCCAAUACUUUUGGAGUGAAAACUUUAGCAGUGAUUCAGACAGAUUUAUAGAACAGGUGUAAUGACGUGUGAGAAGAAAUGUUGUUAUUAAACUGUUGUGUAGAAUAA